AGACAGGCCAGUAACGCGCAGCUCUUCGGCAGCUCGGUACCUCCUCUGCUGUGGAAACGGGUUUCGGAAACGUCGCGCGCAAAACUUCGAAAAACUUUCCCUAAAAUCAUCAAAAAGUUUCAAACCCCGAUCCACAAAAAAACAAUAAUAAUUCAGUGAUGUUGUGAGCACUGUGUAUUUAUUUAUUUACCAGAAGAGAAUUACCAUCAUCGGAAUGGCUUCUUGGAUUGUCACCUUAGUGGUCCUCAACGGUCUACUCGCAGCUGCAGCUGACAAUUUAGCUCUUUUAUCAGGUACAUUGAGGACCUACCAAAGGGCGGGGUGCGACGACGAGCUGGUGACUUUGAAGUGUCCUCCGGGUACGAGCAUCUCCGUGCAGGUAGCCCAGUACGGGAAGUCGGCCUCGACGAAGGCGCUUUGCGGACACAGGUCGACACCGGUGGCGAAGAACUCGCACUCCUUCAACAUAUCCUGUCUAUGGCCCAACUCCCUGCAGAGCAAAUGGGAAGAAGUCACUCAAGGUUCUUGGGGGAGAUAUUCACUGUUGCAGACGGUCGUCGAAGCAUGCCAGAAGAAGAGCCAAUGCAAGUUCCAAGCUUCACCAAAAACCUUCGGAGGCGAUCCAUGCCCAGGAGAAAGGAAGUACGUGGAGGUCGCCUACAAAUGCAGACCAUAUGAGUUCCGGAGUAAGGUGGCAUGCGAGAAUGAAAGAAUGCAAUUGAAGUGCAAUCCGAAUUCGAGGGUCGCUGUAUACAGCGCAAGCUACGGCCGCACCGAAUACGAGAGUUUCCAAUGUCCCCAGCCACAAGGAGUCUCCGAGGAAACUUGCUUGGUGAGCUACGCCACGGAGACCGUUAUGCAAAUAUGUCAUGGUAAGCGCAGUUGCGAAAUGUCCGCGGAUGCCAGCACCUUCGGUAAUCCUUGUAGGCCCCAAACCCGGAUGUACCUUAAAGUAGUAUACGCCUGUGUACCUAGGAAAGUAUUGAAGGAGCAGUACGAAGGUCAACUGGAGCCAGACGAGCUGGACACCGAAUACGAGACGAACGAGGAGGAGGACGAUUUCGACAACUACGACUCUGGGAACGAGUUCAUCAGGGAAUCUGCGGCUUCUCCGCCCGCCCCCAACGUCGAGAACGGCUCCAACAACUUAACCAAAGAUAAUCCGACCACCGCUAAAAUACCCCCGCACUCCAAAUCCAAAGACCCGGAUGCAGCGAUCCCCCGUAAGCCAUAUAUUAGUACCCCGCGGCCUCGCAAAUUCAAUCCGAAAACCCUAAAUCCUUUUCUACAAAAAACACCCAAAGACAUGCAGGCCGACGACAUAAACGACCCCAACUGCACUGUAACAGUAUACACUGCGCCUCCCGAAGAGGGGACGAAGGUUAUUGGAUUCAUAUCUGAAUGGAUAAAUGCGUACACGUUUGUCUCGCAGAAUCAGGAGAGGUUCUACCUAUACCUGAUCCUGAGCAUCGGCGGUGGAGUCCUGCUAUGCCUCAUCCUUGUUGUUACACGUCUGCUGAUUCAAAGACACCGCAGCAAACGCGCGGCCAAGUUCCACGCCACCAACGUCGCUGAAAAUACUAUACCUAAUGGUUUCUCUGAUGACAUCAGCGAAGUGGAUGCUGAUAUUGACCUAACCACCCCUCUUCCGGUUCCUACUGUGGCUAUUCAUUCACCAGCAUCGGUUGGAAGUAUUGGAGAGGUGGUGCGAUACCCUCAUGUCCACUCCCAUACUCUUCGAAGGGCCGCCGACAACGAGAUUCCUCGCAGCCUCAACACCGGGUCCAACAGCAUGUAUUACUAUGGAUGACCCGAAUGCCCGGGAAGGAGACCGGCGGCUCUCAACUCUCCGACAUCCUCCACUUGCCCGGGCCAACGCACCUACUGCUUCUGAAGAGAUCAUCAUCGCACUGUACCAACAUCUCAUCGCCGAGAGGACGGCGAAGCACCAUGGAACAAAACCGCCACCAAAAACAUACAUAUAUAUAUAUAUA